GUUCUCUCUUUUCACUGAACAUGUACGGAGUUGUGCGAUUUGAAGAUACUGAACUUCUUCCGGCGUCCUCUCCAGAAGACUACCCGAAAAUAAUCAAAUCUGGUAUUGACGAAGAGGGACAGCAUCACUUGUCACCUGCGAUUACAGGACCCAAUGGCAUCGCUAUGCUGCUCUACAGAUUAGGCCGCCCCGAGUUACUCGAACGGCUAUUCGAUGUCGAGGGCACCCACGACUUCGACUUCAGCAUGCACUUUGACUCAGAUUAUACGCAGGACUCCUAUGUCCGCCGUCGAGGGAGAAAGGUCGAGAUUGGCUUUAUCGAUAGAUACGGGGAGGAGGCUAAUCACGGCGUUCGCUACCUCAUCCAAGAUCCCGUUCCUCCUUACAAAAUCGGGGCAUGGAAACCUGUCAGUACAUCUGAUAUGGGUUCAUCCUGGGGAGGCUCUGAGGUGUGGGUCCGAGCACAAGGAGAGGCGGUGGCUAAAGGCAUCUGGUACAAUCGACACUGGAACGGACACUCAAUUUCUGUUCUGCGCUGGUCUGGUAUGACCGAAGAACAACGAGAUUCACUAGAUCGCUGGAGAGCUGAUUUUGCUAAAAAGUCGGCUGAAAAGAGGCAGAAGGAGACAGACGAGGAACGCAAAGGGCUAGAGGCUUUCGCAGGCUCGGAAUUCCCAGACUUGGAGUUUGGUAUGCAACGAUAUUGGAAACGCCAGCUGCGUUGUCGAGCAGACUGUGGUGUGGAGUUUGGCAGGUUUCAAUGCGGUCGGUGCAAGAGAACUCAUUAUUGUAGCGUCAAAUGCCAGAAUGAAGACUGGAAGUAUCACAAGACCUACUGUGGAACUGAAGAGUCGGUGCCGAAACAAUACCGUCGGCCCGACCUAUAACCUUACAAGUUAAUCAAACUUCAUCUUCGUUUCUUACGUUCCAUGCCAUAAUUUUAGGUCCUCCCGCUUGCCCAUACAUAAUAACUUAGGAUUUUUUGCAAUCAAACAACGCACAGAUUCAAGGUCCACGUCGGUAUUUUGAUCACGGAGCCCCCUCGUUUCAUGUGGACCUUUAGAUUAUCGUACUGACCUAGGCGGGCCUUCAUUCUGUCGCAUGUUAGAUCUGUUCCUUCUGAACUU